AUGAAGCAGUUCCAGUUUGCAGACCGUGAGUGCAGAGACAUCGCCACGCCUCUUUGCUUCGAAACAGUUACCUUCGAUAUCAGCGAGGCCAGUAUUGGAAACCUGGUCAACGUCGCUUCAACCGAAUACUUAGCCAGGCAUGCACGAACUUUGAUUCUUCAGAGGCGAAGGAGAAUGCGACAGUACUCCGAUCAUGACAACUGGGAGCGAGCUAUCAGCCUGCCAGAUGAUCCCAAUAUCACUCUCUUCCCGUUUAACGACGGUGAUGACGAAGAAGACACGCAUGCCGAUACCAUGUCAUAUCACGACUGGUCACAAUGCACAGACGUCGAAAGGAGAAGCCUCUACGAUCGAUACGAGACGAAUCGCGUGGCAGCAAACGACAAUGUGCAAUCCUUAUCAAGAACAUUGUGUUUUCGUAGGGUGGGCUGCACUUACAGUGAGCAAGUCCAGUCUGUAAUUGGGUCAUCUCCGAUGGGAGAGGAGUGCAUCAUCAGGAGACUGGAUGAGACUUUGGCAAAAUUCACACAAUUCACUUCGUUCAAGCACAGGCCUACAAUUCUUAUAAGAGAUCGCUGGGUUACUCACUGGCAGAGACUACGCUUCGAUCCCUUCGAUCCCUACUCCGGCAGCUACGAAGAAGACUGCCAAGAGGAUGACGAUAUGGAGGCCUUGCACUUGUCAUGUGCACUCGGGGCUAUAGGAUGGGCAAAGCAAUAUCUCACCAAAGUCAACUCCACAGUGUUCCAUGUCGAAGGUCCAGCGUUCUGGGGCCCACGCCGCCUGCGACGCCUCUGGCAGGGUGAAGGACACGGCGAAGUCAGAAGACUACGGCAGCUAUACGAGGAUGCUAUGCAAGCAGAAGAGCACAUGGAACCGAUACCACAGGAUCUGACCAGAGAUGACGAAUACGUCAGACGACUGGUCAUCAUGGAAAACGCUCUGGGAGAGCUCACUCACCUUGAUUGCUCGAUCUGUGAAGAUGAGGAUGACGGAGGCCUUUUCAUGGCAGCAAGAUUUUUCUUCAUGACACAUGGUCUCAAGAUAUUGCCCAAGGAAAAUUCCAUCCUCACAUUGAUGUGGGGACAGUGGAGACCGAGGAUCGAGAGACAUGGUAUCAGUACCGGCGCCGCUUCUCGUAUUUGUGACAUCGGAAUGGGUCAUGUGCACUACAGCCGUCGUUGA